UGUAGUAAGCGGAAGUAGAAUGAAGUCGAAAGAGUGAAGGAGGGGGCGCCAGGUGUGACUGUUACAAAAAGGAGGCUGACAACAGAAGGGAGGUCUCCGUGAAGACGGUCCGUUCCUGCUGGCUGGACGGAAGGAGAGACGAUCUUUGUUCCGGUCCGAAUCUACCGUCAGAAGCCGGCGGUGAGGACUCUUCCUCUGAGCCAAACUGAAACUCGGAGGCGUUCAACUUCAACGUGCUUUGUGGAUGUCCCGCUGAACCGGAUUUGACCAGUGACUGGAUUUGAGAAUGAUAUCAAAUAAUUACAGGAAGGAAAACCUUCGAGAUUCCAGGAGGUUUUGGUAAAGUUUCCUAGUUCCCCCGGCUGUUUUGUAUUCGUGGCUCCGUCAUGUCGCUGCUCACUCACGUUCUCGCUUGCCUUUUUGGAAUGGGCUCCUGGGUGGCCAUCAAUGGGAUGUGGGUGGAGCUCCCCCUGGUUGUAGAAAAGGCCCCGGAGAUGUGGUUACUGCCCUCCUAUCUGACAGUCCUCAUCCAGAUGGCCAACAUCGGCCCGUUCUUUGUCACCCUGAUGCACCGCUUCCGGCCUGGAGUGCUGGACGAGCGGCCCGUCAUCUACUUCAUCGUGGUGUUGGGGAUUGUCUCCACCUUCCUGCUGGCUUUCUUCUGGGAGCACACAGUGAUGAUCGCAGGCUCGCUGCGCAGCGUCCCCUUGCUGAUUUUAAGCUUCCUGCUGUCUGUGGUGGACUGCACAUCAUCCGUCACCUUCCUGCCUUUCAUGAUGACUCUGCGCCCACAGUACCUCACUACCUAUUUUGCAGGGGAAGGCCUCAGCGGUCUGGUUCCUGCACUGGUGGCUUUGGUUCAGGGUGUUGGAGUGGUUGACUGUGAAAAUGCCACCUUACAUGGAGACACAUCAACUGGUAAUUCCAGUUCAGUAGGGAGCGGUGAGCUAAUAGCCAAAUACCAGCCAGCCAAGUUCUCUGUCCAGGUCUUCUUUGUGCUCUUGAGCAUCAUGAUGGUUGUGAGCCUGGUCGCCUUUAUCCUCCUGAACCACCACCCGGCUGUAGCUCGAGAGAGAAAGAGGGAGCAGUACUUCUUUGAGGAUCAGGAAAACAAGAAGCGGGAACAAAGUUUGUCUCUGCACGCUCAGACACCGGAGCAGAAACCCAUGCUGGGUCCUCUGGAGGGGGCCACAGGAGAACCCAGGAGCUCUUUUGGAAAGGGGACGUACAGCAACUUGGAGGUGGCCUUCAUCUUUGUGGUGCUGGCUUGGGUCAAUGCGCUGACCAACGCGGUGCUGCCUUCUGUCCAGACCUUCUCCUGCCUGCCCUAUGGGAACAAGGCCUACCAUCUGGCCGCCACCAUGGCUGCCGUUGCUAACCCAGUGGCCUGCUUCAUUGCCAUGUUUGUGCCAAUAAGAUCUCUUGCCUUCAUGUGUUUCUUGACGGUGUUUGGGUCUGGAACCGGCGCCUACAUCAUGGCCAUGGCAGCGCUGAGCCCCUGCCCUUUGAUGGUCCACAGCACCUCUGGAACUGCAGUCAUCGUACUGGCCUGGAUCCUGUUUGUUCUGAGCCUGUCCUAUGUUAAGGUCAUCAUCGGGGUGAUUCUGAGGGAUGAAGGCCACAGCGCCCUCGUGUGGUGUGGGGCUGUGGUGCAGCUGGGCUCCAUGCUCGGGGCUUUGUCCAUGUUCCCGCUGGUCAGCGUCUACGGACUCUUUAAGUCGGGCGAUGUUUGCAACACAAGGUGUCCCUCCUAGUCGGACAUGUUUAAGUUGAACACGGCGUUGUAAAAGUUUUAGAAUAAAUUGCACUCCUUAUUGUAGCACUGAACUUGCUUCACGUGUUCCAGCUCUCUUAAAGAAAGUAGAGAACUUGCUGUCUUUUUCAGAUGAUGUAUUUAUAUUUGUUACAUAUGGAGAGAAGGCUACUCUGAGCUAAAGAAAGAGGCUCAUGGUCAGUGACCACAAAAGACCAAAGUUAAGUUUGAGUUCCUAAAUGUGUUACUUUGAAAUUCUGAGCUCUUCGCACUUGAACUUUGACCUAGAUGUAAAGAAGAAGCGAUAUGCUGCUUUAAGAAGAAUGGUAGUACGCCUGGCUGUACAGCGUGCCUUAACUCCUCAGUGAGGUUACAGUUCUGUUACUGUCUUUAUCUGCUCAUGUGGAAUGGAGAGACUGUUCAACAAAUGCAAAUAAACAAGGUUGUGUUUUUAUGUGAGAACCUGCUGGAAGGUUUCUGC